AAAUAAAUAUGUUAGGAGGGGAAUUGACUGCAAUGCAAAGAAUAUUCAACCCGCGAGGGUGGUUUGAUCGUAAGAAUCUAACGCUACCAUCAUUAGCCCACAAAAUGAUGUUCCUAUACUUAUGUAUAUUCAUGCUUUUCUCGUUAAUUUCCCAAACUGAUGUAAAGUCAGGCUCUGAAGAGGAACAUAUACUUGAGUACAUGUACACCUUCUUUAAUUCUUCCCACUAUGAAGUUGUUGGUUUGUUGGAUGGGGAACCAAUGGAUUUCUACAGCAGUGUUCUCAAGUCCCCUGUACCUAAAAAAAUCUGGAAUGAAAAGGAGAAAAGCUUUGGGAAUCAGUACUGGCAAGACAGUAUUACAAGUCGACAGAAGAUUGAUAAGUGGUUUUUAUCCAGAGCUGAAGACCUGAAGAGGCACAUGACAAAAAAUCAAAGCGGUGCUAUUGUGCAGAUGAGGUUUGGCUGUAAGAACAUCCCUGAACGCAACCCUGUUCACGAUGAGGAAACCCUGUUUGCUGAGUUUGCCUAUGAUGGAGAAACAACAGUGAACUUCAUUCAUAACACAAAUAAAUGGUCUCCAGCAGAUUAUGCUGCUCAGUUAAUUAUAGACAAUUGGAACAAAAAAGAGAGCAUCAAAUAUCAAAUAUCCAACUUUCUGAAUGUGGAAUGUUAUUCGGCACUCGAUAAUUUUCUGAAAUUUGAACUCAAUGCAACUCGGUACAAUAACUCAUCUGAUCCACUUAUCUACACUGUCCCUCGUGGCUAUCUAAAACCUGGGCACAACAACCUGACGUGUCUAGUAACCGGAACCUAUCCCAGCUCCUCACCCAUCGAAAUGAAUCUGUUUAGGAACAAUGUAAACUUAACAGAGAUGGAGGGUGUCCGGUCAUCAGGGGUCAGACCUAACGAAGACAAUACCUACCAGCUGAGAAAGACAGUGAUGAUUAACGCCUCCGAGUCUGAAGUGUAUCAAUGUGUGGUCAAUCAUAAAAGCUUCCCCGGAACACGGAAAAACACUUGGGAGGUGAAAAAACAUUCAGAAGUGAAGAGUCAAGUGGAGGGAUCAUAUCCAGCUUAUAUUGGACUAUUUGUUUGCCUACCUGCUGUUGUUGUUUUUGUUGUUGUUGUUGUAUGGUUUUUCAAAAACAGACUGAGAUCUGCGCGUAAUGGACAUUUGGCUGCUAAUCCUGAAGAGAAUGCUGCCCUGGGAUCUCAAGAUGGAGGGAGUUUGAUUGAUCAAGGAGGUGAAACCACUUCUGUCGAUCUGUCCUCUGAGAGAGAAGUUCUUACAAAUGCCCCCGAUGCUGAAGGUGAAAACGAUGAAGCCUAUGGAAGUCGUGGAAGCUCUGAUUCAGACCUGUCACAGAUUCAACGAACCUAAUUGGAAUUCAACACAGUCACAGAUUCAGACCUGUCACAGAUUCAAUGAACCUAAUUGGAAUUCAACACAGACCCAGCUGACAACUAGUACAGGGUCUUAAGUAGGUACUUUGAAACACUUUUAUCCGAUUGUCAAUUUCCAAGCGUUUUACGUGCCAACUGAAGAUAACCCAGAGUUUAUGAUUAUGCGUUACCUCUGCCCGGGAUCAAGUUACCAGAGGUAACUGACUACAAGAGGAGCCGCUCAACGCUAACAUGGACUGACACACAAUACAGUAAAGAAUACUGAGGAAAUUAAGGGCUUGUUAGAGACGUUUCCAUGUGUUCUGAUCGUUUUCUGGCUGUUAUCACAGAGCUCAUUACUAAGAUGGUGAUAGAUAUUUACAGAGCUCAUUACUAAGAUGGUGAUAGAUAUUUACAGAGCUCAUUACUAAGAUGGUGAUAGAUAUUUUACUAUGUAUUUGUAAUGUUUCUGUAAAGCAGGCUAGUUACGUCCCGUGUGGCUCAGUUGGUAGAGCAUGGCACUUGCAACACCAGGGUUGUGGGUUCUAUUCCCACGGGGGAGCAUUAUGAACAAGGUAUGAAAAUGUAUGCACUUUCUUCUGUAAGCCGCUCUUGUCUCGUGAAUGUACUCGGAAUUACACGUCAUGCUGUAAUUGUCCCAAACUUCUUCGACUUGGGGACAGCUCAGGGAUCAAGUAUCAAAAAAAGAAGUUACAAUUUUCUACUUUUUCAUGUACUGUAUAUAUUUUCUGCUAUGAUCAAUUUCAAAUAAAUGCUGUAUAGCUUUAAACUCCC